AUGAAGAUAGGCUCAAAAUCCAUGAUGAAAAAGAAGAAGAGCGAGAUCAACUCUUUAUGGCAAGUGAACACAGGCAUGGUGAAAGUAGUGGAUACGAAAGAGGAAAUUGAGGAAAAUAUGAAAGAGGUGGAAGAGGUCGAGGAAGAUGAAAAGGUCGAGGUUGAAGGAGGGAGGGUUGAACCAACAUUUGGUAUCAGAGCUCUCAAGUUGGGUAUCGGGCUGAAGGAGGGAGGGUUGAACCAACAGUCUCUACCUGACAUCCCAAAGAACAUGGUCGAUUGCUUGCUUAAUGGUGUGAGUGAGGGUCUUUUAUAUGUCACGCUUGUGGAAGAAAGCCUCAACGCUACUGAUCAUGAUCAUGUAAGCAUUCAAAAGGCAGCUGAAACUUUGUGGGUAGAUGUUGAAGUGUACCACAAAUGGUUAGGAACUAAGCUACCAAAUCCUAUGUCUAAAAUGAAUACACCGGGAGAUAUUCUUCAAUGGUUAAGGGAUAAGGCUAAGAAUAAGGUCAACAAGGUGGAAAGUAUGGAUAUCAGAAGCCGAAGUUAUGGUUAUAAAUACAUGUCUAUUUGUGCCAAUUCAAUGUAUUGUAUCACUGAGACAAUCUUGCUCAACUAUCACGACAACAUUGAGCAGGUUAGCCAAGAGGAACUAUUUGCACAUGUAUCAUCAAGGAUCGCUGAUAUAAUAGCUGCUUGUCUCACCAAUUUACCCCAAGUCAUUCUAAUGAAAUGCCAUGAAAUUGUUAUAGAGAAAAGGGAGGCGAGUGUCCAAGUUGCAACUCAACUUCUUGGUGAGACUAAACAGAUAAUCAUCAGACUUCGAGAUCAUGAACUUCCAAGCUUAAUGAAUCCAUACGAGUUGGCGUUUAUCGACAAGUGGUGUGCUUACUUAGAGAAUUUGUUUCCUUGA